AUGGAGUCUUUUGAAGAACUCGGUCAUAUUGGUAGGGAAAACUUACUGGAAGUUCCUACUUUAAGUAAUUGUUUUUCAGAAGAAGAAGAUGUUAAAGCUACACAUCAGCAUCGUUUCUCUCCCGGUCUCCGAAGGCGGAAUUCAGAUUCUUCUGAAGAAAUGGAAGCAGAAAUCCCCUCAACUAUUGCAAGAAAAGUUUCAUUUGCUGAUGCAUUUGGUUUUGAUCUUGUAUCUGUUAAGGAGUUUGAUAGCUGGGAUAAUCCAGUUACACAGCUCAGUGAUGAUUUAGAAGAUGAAGAUGUGCCUGUGGAGGAAUUCUAUUUAACUCCACUGUUUCUAAUUCCCACCACACAAGAGGAACUUUUGCAAACUGUUCGUGCGCAUAAAAUAUGCCUAGAGUUUGUAGAGUUUCUUCCAGGCAUAAUAUGUAUGAAGGGCAUAAUUCGUGUUCUGAAUAUAUCCUUUCAGAAGUUGGUCUAUGUUCGAAUGUCUUUGGACAACUGGCUAACCUAUUAUGACAUCUUAGCAGAAUAUGUACCAAAUUCUUGUGAUGGUGAGACUGACCGAUUCUUAUUCAAGAUUUCAUUGGUUCCUCCUUAUCAGAAAGAAGGUGCUAAAGUUGAAUUUUGCAUACGAUAUGAGACAUCUGUGGGAAUAUUUUGGUCAAACAAUAACAAUAAAAAUUAUAUUUUGAUUUGCCACAAAAAGGGAACUGCGUCAUCAUUGGAGGAUAAUAAUCUUCAGGAAGAAGUUACAAAUAAACGUAUCAAAGGCUGCUUAAAGACAACACUGAACAGUAAAGAGGAAACAUUGACAACGACUUAUAAAGACAUCUGGAUUCAUCCCAGAAUCUCAGAUUCACACAUCCCCCAGAUUGUUUAUUCACACGUGGAUAAUGAAAAUAAAUACAGAAAAGAAAAUGAAGAAGAAAAAAAUGAUGACUGUAAUGAAGAUGACAAAGAAAAUGAGAAAGAAUUGGAAUUGUUGCUAAGUCAGCACUUGACUGGAAGCAGAAGUUCUUCAGUGAAUGAAGGGAGUUCCUAUGCAACUGAGCCAGUGAGAUUUCCAAAUGAACUACAACAACUGGGAGACAAACUAGAGUAUGGCUUGAUUAGACACCCUCUGCCUAGAAGCUCUUCAACAGAACAUGCUUUACCAGACAAAGAACUGCAGAAUAAUCAAACAUAUUCCAUUGGAAAUGAUAGGCAGUUAUUAUUCCCAGAAAAAUGCAGUGAGGUUGACUCACUAAAAAAAAGUGCAUCCUUAGAGUGUUUACAUCCAAAUGAAACCUAUUCCUCACCAGAAUAUUGGUCUGAAAUCAAGAAAAACCAGACUGCCUAUUUUCCAGAUAUUGUCUCAAACAAUUGUGGAAUGCAUCAAGCAUAUGUUCCAAGUGAUAAAUUUAAGAAUGUUCCAGGAAAUAAAACAAAAGAGACAUUAUUCAUAGGUGAGGAUGAUUAUAACUUCAAAAAAGCAAGGGAGACGAUUUCCUUAGAAGAUGUUGAAGCAGGGAAGUUAAAAGAAAAUACACUGAAAAUAAAGUAUAAUAAUAUCAAAACAGUUCAGGAACAACUUAAACAGGAAAUAGCUUUCAAAAUUCCAGAGUUAAAUUCAAAAAACUUCAUCAGACAUGAACCCCAAAGAGAAAAAGCUGAAAGCAAAAACAAAUUAUGUGUAAACAGAGGUUUAAAUAGUGAUGCCAUAGCUAAUGCUGAUGUCACAGAAAAUUAUUUGGUAAGCUCUUAUUCAGAAGACAUUGUAGAAGAAAAAUAUAAGUCUGAGUAUGAUGUUGAUAAGGAGAAAGAAAUCAUGCUGAGAAUUUUAGAGAACUCUCCAGAAAAACAAAUAUCUCCUACCAACAGAUAUAAAAAACAUGUCUUAUGUGAUAAUUAUGAAAUCAACACGCUAACUAAGUCACCUCAAAGGGAAGAAGUAAUGACUUCCAGUGUCCCAGGUGAAAUAAAAGAAGAGCAAAUGUCAAAAUCAACAGGGCUUACAUAUUUAAGUGACAGUGGAAACUCAGAUAAAAAUAAAACAGAAAGCAAAAGUUGUAUUAUAGAUGAGUCAAAUUCUGACUCAAAAAAAGAAGAAAUUAGAAUCCCUGAGAAAGUUCAUAAUACACUUUGGGAGAGCCAAUCCCAUGUUGUACCACUAGUUGAUGAAAAUAUCUUUGUGCAAUCUAUAUUAAUAAAAACAAAGGAAAUGUCUGGUGGUAGUAGAAAGAACUUAGAAAAAAGGAAGUACAGUCAGAGUGAUAAUCCAGCAAACAGAAAUAUUUCUGAGAUAGAACCUCACCACAAUGAACCUGAUGUGGUUAUUCUUAAAGAUCAGAGUACCUGGGACAGAUUGAUGAUUCAAAGGUGGAAUGGCUCAGAAAGUCAGUUGGCAGAAAGGCAAAGUGAAGCAAAUAAAAGAGUGCAGAUGAAGGAACUAACAGGAGUUGAAGCCAUGGGGGGUAUUAAUGAUAAUACAAGAUGUUUGAAAGUAAGUCCCACAGAUGAACUAUUUACCUGCCAAGAUGCACUAAGGUAUGAGGAGACUUCAGUCACUAAGCAUGAUAGUACAGGAGAGACAGAAGCAGUCACAGCUGCUUAUAUAAUUAAAAUGACAUCAGAGGGCAUUCCUGAAAAAAUGUCUGCAGGUGAAAAAGCAGUAAUUGUUAAGCUGCCCCAAGAGAUUGCACUAAGUGACAGGCCCACAGAGAAAAAGGAAAUAGUAUUUGAUAUACAUGAAGGAAGAAAUGAUGGGUCACAUUAUCCUCUUUGUCAAUGCAAUAGAGAGGGUGUAUUAUGUGACACCAAAUUUGGAAUAUCUGCUUCAGGUAUUAAUAAUGUGCCCACAUAUGAAACAGUACAUAUGGAAAUGAUUUCAACCCAUGCAACAAAUGAAAUGUUUGCCAAAGCAGAACAUAAUUAUGUAAAUAAUUCACCAUCAACUGAAAUGUUUUGUCCUUUUUCAGCAGAAGGAAAAAUUGUUUCUGAACAAGGUGUGCAUUGUGAAGUACCAUUGAAACAUUCAGAACAUUCUUCACAAGGCUUACACAAUAAAGAAGCUGAAGAAGGAAGCAUCUGGAGUUCAUUUUCUCACAUAGGUCCCACAACUGAACCAAAAAUAUGCCAUUUGGAUGAAAAAUUGGUGGGAAGCUGUUAUAAAAAUUCCUCAGUGAUAUCUACCAAAGGUUUGGUAAGCCCUCCUACUGCUGAAGUAGAAGAGAUGUUGCCUCCACCCACAGAUGCUUCAACUGAAAUUGAAGCUCAAUCUGGAUGUAACUUCAACCCAAAAGAUGAAAUAACUCAUGUUAUUCAAAAUAUCAUUAAGCCACAAGAAUUUCCUCCUAGUGAGAAUAGAGAAGGAAACAUAGGCCAGUUUCCCCAUCAAACAGAGUUCAGUCCAGAAAAACAAAUAAGGCCUACAAUUUUAAUUAGGGAACCCACUGAAGAAACAGAAGAGACAAACUUACACUCGGAAGGUUUAAUAACCGAAAAGAAAACGAAUAUUGUUAGACACGAUAAACAAGCUUUUUUUGAUCAUACAGGAAUGUCUGGCCAGCAAAAUGAAAUUUAUAAUUCACCUGCUGAGUGUCUUGUGCUAAAGCAUAUUGCUUACAAGAUACUUUAUUUCCUUUUGUUCAUUGUAUUUUGUGUAACAUUGUAUCAUUAUGAUUUAAUUGUUUGCUCUGCACUUUACUUAUUUUCAUUGUGCUGGCUAUAUUGUGAUGGCAGGAGAAACAAAAACUCCAUCAAAAAGGAAUAG